GAAUAAAUUCCUUCAAUUCGACAACGAAGACGAAAAUAUGCCAGCAAACCCAGACACUUCAGCAGCUGCUCAGGCUUUGUCAAACCUCAACAUCGCACUCGGUUUGGAGUCCUCUGAUCUCGUCAGCCUCGCGAACUCAAUUCGAGACUUAUCAGCCCAACUUAGCCAGCAGUACAACGAGAAUGCCGAAACACAGAAGGAGAACUUGUCUAUUCUUGCUAGGCAAUCCGAAGAAUCACAGCACCAGUUGUCUAAUACCUUCACCGCUACUUUGCAGCAACUCGUGCACUCAUUCGAGAAAAACAAUCUAGAGUUAUUAGCACAGAAUGAGAGACACCACAAUCAAAUGCUCGAACAACAGAAGAUUCUCUCCAUAGAAGAAGCAUCUCGUCAAGACCGUAACCACAGCGAGCUCAUGUCUUUCAUCCGUACUACCCAUAACGAGCAAUUCGAAUUCCAAAGAGAGCAGCUCAGCCACGACAGAAAGCUCCACGCUGAUACCCUUGAGGCCAUCGAGCACCAAGCCCGUCUCAUCCAACAAUCCACACAAGCGAUCAAGGACAUGGACAAUGUCAAUCGCGCAGUUGGUUCACGUGUCGAUGACAUUAGAGAAGACCUUGAAGUUCACAGAUCUGAAUUGAGAAGAUUAGGUGACACUCUUCGUGAAAUCGAACAAAGAGACAUGAUUCGCACGGCUAACUCCGCGUUCAGCGUCGAGACUGAUGAUCAUGCACGUAUACAAUGGCCAUCACCAUUGCGUACUCCGGACCCAGACUACCCUGCAUUACCACCAACUAUAUCCGCAUUGAAGAGAAUGCCAGAGAACGAUUUACUCGCUCUCUCAUCAGCUCACACUUCCGUUUUACGUUCCGCAUGGAUCGACUAUGGUAAGAGAGGUGGUGACCUUAGAAGAGAAUUACCAAUUAGAAUCGCUAGUUCAGUUGGUUUCAGAUUGGGUAAUAACUAAUUCGAAAAAUACCUUAAUACCC